AUGGGCCUGACGGGGAGACUGAAGGACAUGCACAGCCCCGCCAUGCUGCCCUGGCUGCUCUCCUGCCAGCAACCAGACGGUGGCUUCGGUGGCAGCAUAGGACAUGAUUCUCAUCUCCUCUACACGCUCAGUGCCGUCCAGAUCCUCGCACUACUGGACAAAUUGGACGCUGUAGACGCCGACCGCAUCGCCACCUAUGUAGCAGGGCUACAGCAACCGGAUGGGUCGUUCAUCGGAGACGAAUGGGGGGAGGUAGACACACGCUUCUCCUACUGCGCCAUCUCCUGCCUCUCCCUGCUCGAUCGCAUGCCCGCCAUCGACCUCCCCGCGGCCGUCCGAUUCAUCGCCAGCUGUCAGAACUUUGACGGCGGGUUCGGGUCCGUUCCGGGCGGCGAGUCACACGCCGGGCAGAUCUUCUGCUGUGUGGCGGCUCUGGCAAUAGCUGGCGCGCUCUCAUUGGUCGACCGGGAUCUCCUCGGCUGGUGGCUGUGCGAGCGCCAGGUGCCAGCAGGGGGGCUCAACGGGCGACCAGAGAAGCUGCCAGAUGUGUGCUACUCUUGGUGGGUGCUCUCCAGCCUUGUGCUCAUCGACAGAGUGCAUUGGAUCAGUGCGGAGAAGCUUCAGCACUUCAUUCUACAGUGCCAGGACGAGGAGAGGGGUGGAAUCUCAGACCGACCAAACGACAUGGUGGAUGUGUUCCAUACCUUCUUUGGCAUAGCUGGCCUGAGUCUGUUGGAGUAUCCCAACCUCAAGCCAGUCGACCCAGCAUAUGCACUUUCUGUAGAUUCAAUUACACCUUUCAGCUCCCUUCCCCCAUGCCCCUACCCCUCUUCCCCUCCUCCCACUCCCUCUUUUAUUCCUUCACCCCGUUCCUUUCCUCUCCCCACUUCCCUCUCCCUCUUGCCAGGUCUGAGUCUACUAGAGUACCCCAAUCUCAAGCCAGUGGACCCAGCUUAUGCGCUUCCUGUGGAUAUUGUGGAUAGGGUUUUCAGAGACAGGGAGCUGAAGCACCUGCAAGCCUAG